AUGGGGAAGGUUAACGUGGCCAAGCUGCGCUAUCUGACGCGGGACGACUUCAGAGUUCUGACCGCGGUUGAAAUGGGCAUGAAGAACCAUGAAAUAGUUCCUUGCAGUUUGAUCGCAUCUAUAGCCAGCCUUAAACAUGGCGGUUGUAAUAAGAUUUUAAGAGAACUAGCAAAACAUAAACUCUUAGCUUAUGAACGAACUAAUACUGUCCAGGGUUAUCGGUUGACAAAUGGGGGUUAUGAUUACCUUGCUUUGAAAGCACUUUCUUCAAGACAGGUGGUUGACUCUGUUGGAAACCAGAUGGGUGUUGGCAAAGAAUCAGAUAUUUACAUUGUUGCAAAUGAAGAAGAGAAACAGUUUGCACUAAAGCUUCAUAGACUGGGAAGGACUUCAUUCCGUAAUUUGAAAAACAAACGUGAUUACCACAAGCAUAGACAUAAUAUGUCAUGGCUUUAUUUAUCCCGUUUGUCUGCCAUGAAGGAAUUUGCCUAUAUGAAGGCUCUCUAUGAGAGGAAAUUUCCAGUCCCAAAACCAAUUGAUUAUAAUCGACAUGCAGUAGUCAUGGAACUCAUAAAUGGUUACCCUUUGUGCCAGGUACAUCACAUUGAAGAUCCUGCUGCAGUAUAUAAUGAAGCCAUGGAACUAAUUGUUAAACUUGCCAAUCAUGGACUAAUUCAUGGUGAUUUCAAUGAAUUCAAUCUAAUUUUGGAUAAAGAUGACCACAUAACCAUGAUUGACUUCCCACAAAUGGUCUCAACAUCUCAUCCAAACGCUGAAUGGUACUUUGACAGAGAUGUUAAGUGCAUUAGAGAUUUCUUCAUAAAACGUUUCAAUUAUGAAAGUGAACUUUAUCCAACCUUUGGAGAUAUCAGGAGGGAGGACUCUCUUGAUGUAGAAAUUUCUGCCAGUGGAUAUACAAAAGAAAUGCAGGAAGAUGAUGAACUACUUCAUCCACUAGGUCCUGAUGAUGAGAAUCUUGAAACAGAUGGAGAAUCUGAAUGUCCUUCAUCACUUGAAGAACUGACAGAGGAGGUAAAGUCUUCUAAGUUGGAAAAUGGGAAAAACUUCCCAGAUAAAUCAGAUGAUGAUUGUAACAAGAACUCUUCUGAAGACAUGGUACAGAGGAAUACAAAUGUGCUAUCUGAGGGUAGUGAUAGUACACAGUGUUUUGAAAUGACUGAAUUCAGUCAUUCAUUAGGAGAAAUUCAAGGAGAGAUUGUUGAAGAAAAAAAGAGAAGUUGCUUAAAGCAUUCUGCAAUUGAUUUUCCUAAAGAGGAAGAAAAUACUGAAAAUAUCAAGGAAGAAGAUCAAAUGCAUCAAGGAGAAAUUCCUGCUGAUUCUCAAGAAUGUGAAGAUGAAUGCCCUGAUCUGAUUAACUUGUCAGCAUUAAAUAAAGAAUUUAGGCCUUUCAGGGAUGAAAACAUGGAACAAAUUAAUCAACAUAGAAGAAGAACUGAGAGUGUUACUUCUGUAAGCAGUAUUGUUAGCUGUUCCACAAUUCCUCCGGAACUGGUGAAACAGAAGGUGAAACGUCAAUUAACCAAACAACAAAAAGCUAUAGUUAAACGGCGGUUACAGAAAGGAGAAGCAAAUAUAUAUACCAAGCAACGAAGAGAAAAUGCAUACAAUAUCAAGUCAAGCUUAGAAGCAGCUAGUUUUUGGGGAUAAUAAUUGGAACUUUUUCUAAAAGUAUAGUUGAUGAUGUAUUUGGUAGGAAGUGUGACUCUGAAGAUCCUAUUUUUCUGUAAUUUUGGUUAUGUAAAUAUGUGCAUGCGUAUGUGUGUGUGUGUGUGUAUAUAUAUAUAUAUAGCCAGCCUCUCAAUAUUUUCUAAUAGGAAAAUCUAUUUUAAAAUUAUUUUAUUUUUUUUUUCCAAGAUACUUAUUUAAAAAAAUUUUGCUAGUUUAAUGAAUGGCAACUUUGUGAAAGGCAUUUGGGACGGUAUUACAAACACUAAAUUGUCAUUUUUGAUCCUCUGGUGACUUAGAACAUUUCGGUAGUGUGGCAAUUUAAUGAAGAAAACCUACAAUCUAUUUCUCUUUUCAUCUCAUGCUCUUUGUAUGAUCCAAAUUUUUUUUAAUUGCACAAUUUUUCAUCUCUUAAGUCAUCAUGGCUCUUUAUAUACGCUCACUAUACAGACAGUACUUGUCAAGAUGGAGAGUGAGAGUCUCACUACUCUGGCAAGACAGAAAAAGAAACUGACCAAAAAACUCAAAGAGAAACUACAGUGAGAACAUCUUGCUAGCAUAGGUCCCCAUAGAUAGCCAGAUGCCUGUGGGUGGUAGGGAUGAGAUCUGUCCAGAAAAUCUUAUGCUGGAGCAUGGUACAUAAGCCUCCAGCAUAAGGACUAGGGUCAAGGGUGCUAAAUCCUGUAACUUGUAUUGUUCUGAUCUCUAACUAGGGUCAAAAUCCUAUAGGAUUAGGACUGAGAAGGCAACUAUCUGAGCUGUUCAACCUUGCAUUUCCCCAAAUAAACUAAGAGGGCUGGUCCUUGAAGAAUCUGGUAGAUUGCCUAGAUCAACAUUGGUGAAGAUUUUCAAGUUCACAUGCCCAAACUGCCUGUGAAGGCCCCUACCUUCGCAUUAUCCUAGAGAGCAGAAGGAGGAAGUGCUCACUUUGCACCACUGGACAGAGGGACAGGCCAUACAAAAAAUGUCCUCAAGUGCUGGGAAUAGGGGGAACAGCAGCUCCCUGUCCCCUGUGCCAGCUGGACAUGUGUGCUAAUACUUUACCAACAAAGGCCUAGAUAAUAUAGAUCAGUACCAUAGAAGGCCUCACCAUGCUUUUCAGAAGUACAAGGCUUAUCUGUGCCUCAAAGUCUCAAUGUAGGAAGUAAAGCCAAAAAAACGAGUAAAGAUAAGAAAGCAUCAACAAUAAUAUUGUGGAGCCAGUGUGCUCAAGACACAAACCCAGAAAAAAAGGAACUCAUGUACAAAUAAAGUCUCAAAGUUUGCCAAAUGCUCUAAUGGAAUUCCUGGAAGAAAGGAAAUAAGUUUUAAAUGAUAAUAUAAAUUAAAUUCUAGAGAAAGAAUUGGAAGGGGAUAAAUGGCUUAGUAUAGGAGGUAAAAAACAUAAAUGACAAACUUAGAUUAGAACCAACAGACAGAAAAUACUAACAUAUUUUUUUUAAUCCAAAAAUAUAAGGUAUAUCCUAACAAAAACAAUUGACCUGGAAUGUAGAUCAAGGAGAGUCAUGUUAAAAAUCAUCUUACUACCUAAAAACUUCUUUUUCUGUUGUGUCUGCCUCUUAAUGACCCUAUUUGGACUUUUCUUGGCAAAGAUAUGAGUGGUU